AUGUCCAAGCCACUUCAUCCCGCGACCGUUCACUUUCCCAUCGCCUUCCUUUUCCUCGGAUUCGGCCUUGAUAUCAUCUAUCAAGCCGGCGACCGAAUCCCCGCCAAUGUUUCUCAGCACCUCCCCAACGCCGCCGACCUCACCCGCGCCAGCUACUACCUCAUCCUGCUCGGCCUGAUCAGCGCCGUGCCAGCCGUGAUCACCGGUCUCCAGCAAAACAUCCUGAUGAUUGUCAAGCAGGGAAUGUAUGAGACCGACGGCAAGACCAUCAAGACCAAGGUCAAGGCCGCCAUCUCUCACGCCGUCGUUAUUGACAUCAGCCUCGCCUUGACGGCGUAUGCCUGGUACGCUCGUCGCACACAACUUCUCGCCGGUGUCAUUCCCACCAAGCUCAACAUUGCCCUUCCCUACGCACCUGAGGCGUGGGUUGUUGGUGCAGAGGUUGCGGCUUUGGCGAUCAUGUCGUUCGGUGCCAACAUCGGUGGAUCUCUGACCUACAACUACGGUGUCGGUUUCUCGUCGCUGAGCGCGGCUGUCAACAAGAAGAAGCAGUAA